UCUAACGCGACAAAGCAGCUCGCACGCUGAUUGGCUGACAGACGUGCCCUUCCAAAGUGGGCGGAGUCAGAGCGGGGAGACGACGGAGCUGUCAAACACCGACAGUCGUUUGAAAUAUUAUCAGAGGAGCGGAUAACAAAACCGCAACACUUUACCAAUGUGUAGACUAAUUAACGACAGGGGCAGACUUUGUGUUAGAUUUUGGUGUUUAACCGCUGGAUAAAGGACUUCUAAGCCGUCGCUGGGAGCAACUUGUUGUUAAGUGCGUGUUUUGCAGGCUCUCCCUCGUAGGCUAAUGUGUGUUAGCUCUUCGCUCCGCUUUAGUUUUGUUGACAAAACCAGUCCAUUCGCUAUCGUUGAGCUAGCGGCGGUGUUUCGGAGUUAGCUCGUCAUUUUCUCAGAAAUGUAUCCGGGUACAAGCAUGGAGCCCAGCCCGGACUGUUCCUGGAAACUCCUCCGUGAAUUAAAACUAACUGUUCAAAGAUUGUCGAGCAUGUGAAGAUCUUGUCGUUUUGGACAAUUCAUGCACAAGCAGUGAGGAACUGGACCGGUUGGUAACCGUAAAGGGCAUGAAAACAGGGACAUCCAAAGUAAAAUAAGAAAAAAAGUAAAACCUGAAGUCUAUGUGUGUGAUAUAUCUCCUACCACAACUCACACCGAACACACACCGUGCUGCCGUGAAACCCUCGGCACCGUUAAGACACUCUAUUCCUCUUGUCAUGUGGAUACAUUACAGAAAAAGGCCCAUAUUACCCUCACUGGUAUCAGCUUCUUUUACAUCUCCAUGGACCGGAACAAACGCAACUCUAUUGCUGGGAUCCCAACAUGGCCGGAACGCCUCCAGGAGGACAGGGAUGGGACCGGAGGCGUAGGAAACUGCGAGAUGGGCCCGUCCUCACAGGUGGGCCGGGUGUGUCCGUCCUCCUACAGAGCCCUCAUCAGUGCCUUCUCCUGCCUGACACGCCUUGAUGACUUCACCUGCGAGUGGAUUGGCUCUGGGUUUUUCUCUGAAGUUUUCAAGGUACGCCAUCGCGCUUCAGACCAGGUCAUGGCUCUGAAGAUGAACAAACUCAGCAGCAACAGGGCGAACAUGCUGAGAGAAGUCCAGCUCAUGAAUCGACUCUGCCAUCCAAACAUACUGAGGUUUAAGGGAGUGUGUGUCCACGAGGGCCAGCUUCACGCUUUGACAGAGUACAUCAACGGAGGAAACCUGGAGCAACUUCUCGACAGCAACAAGCACCUGAGUUGGCCCGCCAGAGUGAAACUAGCGUGUGAUAUCGCCAGUGGUGUGGCCUACCUGCACUCCAAAGGCAUAUUCCACCGGGACCUCACCUCCAAGAACUGCUUGAUCAAAUGCGACGACAACGGCUACACGGCGGUGGUGGGAGAUUUUGGCCUGGCAGAGAAAAUUCCCACCAAAGAGGCUGAUGGAGAAAAGCUUGCAGUGGUUGGCUCUCCUUUCUGGAUGGCUCCUGAGGUGCUGAGAGAUGAACCCUAUAACGAGAAGGCUGAUGUUUUCUCAUACGGAAUAAUUCUUUGUGAAGUCAUUGCAAGGAUCCAAGCCGACCCCGACUUCCUUCCCCGCACAGAGAACUUUGGCCUGGACUACCACACGUUCCAGCACAUGGUUGGAGACUGUCCGCCUGACUUCCUCCAGCUGGCCUUCAACUGCUGCAAUAUGGAUCCUAAACUCCGUCCGUCGUUCACAGACAUCGUCCGGCAGCUGGAGGAAAUCCUCGCUCGGCUCAAAGUCGUAGAGAUGGAAAACGACAGUGUUUCACUCACCAGCGACAAUGAGAAGAAAGCCAUGUCGAAAAAUGAGAAAAUCCAGACCUUCAAACGACUGAAUCCUCUUGGCUGCCAAAACGAUAAGAUCCCUCCCAAAUCGCCCCGGCCCAGACGAAACAUCUGGCUCAGCCGCAGUCAGUCGGACAUCUUCUCCUGCAAACCGGGGAGGAAAGUCAACGUGCAGGACCCGUACUACAACCCGCCCAGUCCUGAGAGGAACCUCCAGACCCGCAAGAUCAACCCGUUCACGGCCCGGGAGGACCUCUGCGGGGGCAAGAUCAAGUUCUACGACGUGCCCAGCAAGUCGGUCUUCUCGUUGGUCUUUGAUUUGCACUCGCCUCCGGGAAGCGUGUUCAGCAACCAGCCGCCGACCCACGGGCCUGGAGCGUCCCAGCAGGGGAUGUCCUUCUACUGGCAGCAGCUGCCAGGAAGGCAGUGCCACUCCCUACCGGUGUCCCCGCAGCUGCCGCGCUCCGAGAUGUUCCACCUCACAGACCCGGUCGGAGCCAAUAACACCGGUUCUGUUACCAGUACGUCCACUCUACUCUCUGUCACGCUUCCAGUGACGAAUUCCAGGUCCGACGCGGCGCCGAUCCUGAACGACAUGCGGCAGAAAGCGGUUCUGAGCAGCUGGGCGAGGAAGUACGUGGUGGUGGAAAUCCCACCUUUCUGCAGGCAGAGAGGAGGCUGCGCCGACGACGACGCGGAGGCGAGGACGGAGGACACGAGCGGGGAGAGCUGGUCUCCGAUGCUCACCGGCAGCGAAACGGACAGCGCCGAGGCCAUGGACUGCUCCGGCGGACGAGAGGAGGAGAAGCCGGACCGAGGGACGGAAAGCUGCCCGGUGUGACAAACAUUUCAGCAGGACUGUAGACUCCUACAUGCAGAGACACAAGACUGGAAACUUGUAUUAUUAAAGUAAAGCACUCAAUUUUCUCUAAUCUGUCAAGUGAAUGUAUCACAUUUUGAAUAGAUGAACCACUUGAUUUAGAUAAAUAACUAUUUUUCAACCCGGUUAGCGCAAGAGGCUUUUAUCUACACGCUUUCUGUGAAGAUUAUAUUCUGAAACAAAGUUGUUGAUAUUUAAUAUUUCGAGAUGUAGAUAUUUGUUUUUUUCCUCUAAAACUUUUUGUUUCUCUGCGGGAUAUUGAUGAUCCCUUGUAUUAUGUUUGUGAGUGUGAAUUUCAAGUUGUUUUGAUAAUUCUCAGUGUUCGCUCUGAGACAAAUGCUUCUGCUAAAUUAAAGAAACAAACCCUUCCUGUUUCUGAUGAA